CGGCCAAUGGGAGGCCGCCUCGCGCGUCACGUGACGCGUUGCGUCCGCUUCGGUGAAUCGUUCAUGAAAUCCAAAGAAGCAACAACCUCUAGCUGCCGAGGCUAGCUGGCUAGGGACCAAUAUGCUGUACCCCGGCGACUGCUUUGUUUUUAUCGGGAUUUUCUCGUCUUAUAAGAAGAGGACAUGACAUCCGAGUUCUGGAAAUAUACGGGUUCGGGGAUAUCGGGUUGAAAAAGAGUUGGUUUGUUGACUUCGACGAGCGGCAAAGCUCGUGGUUAACCCGCUGUAACGUUAGCUUAGCUCUCGGCUUUGAGUGUAGCCGGGGUCUCUUACAUAAAAACACAGACCGGUCAGCUGUGCUUCACUGGACGAAACACGGGCUUUUUGGGGGGGUUUGUAGCCAAUUUAUCCUCGACUUUUAUGCACUGUAAACUAUUUCCGAAACCCCGAACUCGCUCUUUGUUUGGGUCCAUACAGUAUCUUUAACGACGAGUUAGUUUGAGAGGCCAAAUUGAAAUUAAGCUUCUUACUCGCUUAGCACGGACGGCUUUACCCACUGGCACCGGUCUAAACAUAAAGAUACCGCGGGAUAAUUUAGUUUUUUUUGUUUUGGUUUUUUAAAGCGACAUCUUUUAAAAGUUUCCAUUUGUAGCAGAGAGACGUCACACCGCCUCCGUGUUGUUAAGGAGGUGACGACGCGUAGUAAACACCGAGCCGGUGACAGCACGUCCGGUGGGGGCUUUAUUAGAGGAAAGGCUAUAGCUGACACUUUAUGGGAGUGAGACACGGACCAGCAGUGUUAAACAGACGGCGUGUUUUGUAGGGGGUCGAGGUCUAAUGACUCGGAAUGAGUCCUAACCUACUUCCAAUGGGCGGCAGUGAGAGACGGGCACGAUGUUGGUCUGACAACAAGACGUUAAGUUAGCCCAACUCUGGACUAUGAUUUCUGAACAGCGUGGGGAGUUAGGUCUGCGUCUGCCAGACUACCAGUGAACCUCCUCUCCUCGCCGUCUGUCUGUUUUUUUCCCUUUUUGGAAGAAGAAGAAGAUGGAGACGGGAGUAAGGUCUCACCAGGGCGAGCUGUUCGUCCACCCGCUCUCCAACCCCGGGGCUACGGGCAUCUGCCCCGAAAUGCUGGAGGUGGCCGAGGAGUGCAGCAGGGCCGGGGACUUUAGCCUGGCUGCGGAGAUCUACAGCUCCCAGCUCGCAGACCUCCAGCAGCCGGACAGGGGCUUGUGUCUGAGAAAGGCCGACUCUCUGGCUCGCGCCGGGCGGGUGUCCGAGGCGCUGGACUCGUACUGCACGGCGGCGAGCCUGGGCAAGCUGCGCCCGGAGGAGCUGACCCUGCUGGUGGAAACCAUCGCCCGGACUCUCCGCGAGAAAGAGCUGGGCAUCCUCGGACAGGGCAAAGGCAGCGGCAGCAGCAGCAGCGGGGAAGACGGGGCUGGAAGUGACGGAGAGUGCUGCGAGGAUGAAGAGCUGGACCUGUUCUCCUGUCGCCUCUGCAAGUGUCUGCUCCACGAGCCCACCACCGCGGAGUGUGGACACACUUUCUGCAAACGCUGCCUGGAGGAGGACUCCGUCAGAGAGUGUGUGCACUGCAAACAGAAGCUGAGCAGCAGAGACGGACUGCCAAACGGCCGCAGGUUAAACGUGGUGCUCAGCGGCCUGCUGGAUAAACUAUUCGCCACUGAGAGCCAAGCGAGGAGGCUGUGGGUGGAGGGAGAGGUUUUGUGGAAGAACCAGAGCCUGCCUGAGGCCCUGGAGAAGUACAACGCAGCGGUGGAUUUAGUGCCCUCUUCAGGCAGACUGCUGUAUCAGCGGGCUGAGUUGCACAUGGAGAUGAGGAACUUCAGUCAGGCAGUGCAGGACGCCAGCAGCCUCUGUAGGAUCAAACCUCUCUGGACGAAGGCUCACUGUCUGAAAGCCACGGCGCUGAGUAAAGCAGGCCGGAAUGACGAGGCCCUACAGGAAUACUUUCUGUGUGUGGCCCUAAAGCCAGACUGGACCAAAGUCAAACUGGAGGCUCAGAAGGUCCUCAGCGAGCUGUUCUCUUCUGUGUUUGAGAACGAGGACCUGCCGACGCCGCUGCACCCGCUGCAGGGGGGAUUGACCACCCGCCUCAUCAAACCCCCUGCUUUGCUCAGGUCCCUGAGGCCACUCACGCAGAGACCCGGAUCCUCCUCACAGGACUCAGAGUUCAGCGUGACUAAAAGCUUUCCAGUGGACGACUCAUCCUCCAGACUGUCUGCUCCCUGUCCCAGUAAAUCGGACCACGCCGCAGGGGAGGACAGCACCAAGAGUCUAGCUGGCGUUCUGGCUGCGCUGCCGGCGCCCCCUGGUGGCAUCAAGAGGAAACACAGUGGAGACGGACCCUCGGCAAUCUUUGGCCCUCCUGCCAAACUGCUCAGACCUGACGAGGCAAGCGGCAUCCAGAAGGCCACGGUGUGUGGAGGGAGGGUGGUCGCUGCUGAGCUGAUGGACAGCGGGGACAUGGAGUGUUCACUCUGCAUGAGAUUGUUCUAUGAGCCGGUGGCCACUCCCUGUGGUCACACUUUCUGUCUCAGAUGCCUGGAGCGCUGCCUGGACCACAACUCCAACUGCCCCCUGUGCAAGGAGAAUCUGUCCGAGUAUCUGGCUACUAGGGGCUACAACAAGACCCUGCUGAUGGAAGAAGUGCUGCAGCGUUACCUAGGAGACGAGCUGAUGGAGAGGAAGAAAAUCCAUGAAGAGGAGAUGAAGGAGCUCUCCAACCUGAACCAGGAAGUCCCCAUCUUCGUGUGCACCAUGGCCUUCCCCACCAUCCCCUGCCCGCUGCACGUGUUUGAGCCCCGCUACCGCCUCAUGAUCCGCCGCUCCAUGGAGACGGGCACCAAGCAGUUCGGCAUGUGCAUAGCAGACGAACUCAAAGGCUUUGCAGACUACGGCUGCAUGCUGCGGGUACGGGACGUGAAGUUCUUUCCAGAUGGCCGUUCGGUGGUUGACACCAUCGGCGUGUCGCGGUUCAAGGUCCUCAGCCACGGCCAGAGAGACGGCUACAACACCGCCAAGAUCGAGUAUCUGGAAGACAAGAAGGUGGAGGCGGAGGAGCUGGUGGAGCUUCUGAAGAUGCACGACUCUGUGUAUGAACAGGCCAACAGCUGGUUCACCUCACUGAAAGACAACAUGAAGAGCCAGAUCCUCAGCCACUUUGGACACCUUCCCAGCAAAGACCCCGACCCUCAGGCCAGUCCAAGUGGUCCAGCCUGGUGCUGGUGGCUGCUCGCUGUCCUUCCGUUGGAGAACCGAGCCCAGCUCACUAUCUUGGCCAUGACUUCCCUCAAGGACCGCCUCAUCGCCAUCCGCAGGGUGCUCAUCUUCGUAACGCGCAAGAGGCCGCGGUAAUUGCCCAGCCACUGGAGUGGGAGACGGAUUGGAAACCGCUCGGGGCUUCUAUGCAGUUCAGCAAUUGGUUCAUUCAUUUGUUGGGUCGUUCAUUACUCCAUCCGGCCACUCGCUGACUGAUUCAUUGACUCAUACAUAUAUGAUAUAUGUGUGCGUGUCUGUUUACUCAUCCGUUUACUUGUCCAUUCUUACAAUAGCUCAUUCACUGAGAUGCUCAUGAACUCUCCUCGCGUCAUGCAGCGUUUCUGAGCGCCCACGUCAGUUCUGUCGAGAGCGUCAGGUGGGCCGGGGGGGGCUGGCUUAAGGAUAUUCCUGGUUUUCUCCUCUGUCUGUCCAUCCGCCCGCCCCACCUGCAUCUUAGAUGAAUUAAGCUACAGCACAUCUCUGAACGAGUGACCUCUCACCUCUCGCUCUCCGUCGGGGCAGAGGUAAAAAGCAGUCAGGCCAAGCUGUUUCACUUCCGUUUAAGUCACACCCGAGUAUUUCGCCAGACACUCUGUGAGGAAGGAACAAAAAGCUGUUAUCACAAAAAGCAGCAGCGUGAGCAGAAAGGUUCAAGAGGAAGUCACUUUUCCUACAGACACUAAGCAGUAUUUCAUACAAGCUGAAACAGACGUUGGCCUGCCACAGAGCCGUGACGCCAACGUGUCUGCGACUGUGACCAUACAGGUACAAUCACAGUGACACUUCUCUCACUGAAAUAUGAAGCAAAACAAAAACACUAGGCGUGACGACCACACACAAAAGUGAAUGUACUGGUCUGGCUGUAGUAUGCAGAUGUUUUUGUUACAUCAUUUUUUUUUCUCUGCUACAUUUACAGAAUCCGUUUGGUGCGUUGCACAUGAGGUCAGAUUCCUGCAUGUGUACGCACGACAGCUGCUUCACUCAAUCUUACUGAGCCAAAAUUCAUGUGCAAAAACCUAGAGCUUUCUAUCUGUUGCCUCAGCCCGCCGGUGGGCACAUACCUCAGACUGUCUUGAUAGAAAGUAAAUGGGCACCGUGAGAGUUGUUGUGGUGUGUGUGUGGGAGCAAGUGCAACUCCUCAACAACACGCUCCACUUGUAUUUCGAUAGGAGAUAUUUGAGUAUAAGUUGGGCUCUCUCACGUUUUCUAGUUGCAUUUUUGAAACUGCAGAUGCAGACUCAUCCUCCGGAUACGGUCCAUCUGGAACUUUGUCCUAUUGUAGCAUAUCUCUGGGACUUUAAAGACUUAGUUACAGGGGUUGAUUGUGUAUUUAUAUGUAUAUCAGUGUAACUGAGGCCUUUGUAAUGAUUUAUUUAAAGAACGUUUCACCAUCUCGCUCUCUUCUUUCUUUUGUUCACUCUCUGUCUUUCUCAGUACAUUUACAUGCACACUAAUGCAAUUACAGUGCUUAAAGUUGUCCCUUGGUGUUUUCCAACACCCCAACGAUAGAAAAAUCUAAGUUUAUGGUCAACGUUUCUCGAGAAAACCACACUGUGUUUAUGCUUGAGCUCUUCCUCAUGCAACAUUUGCAAUCAGGGUAUAUUCUUGAAGCUGCAUUGUCGCCCCUACUGGUGCGAUGCCGUGUCUCUUGGCAUUCAGCUGUUGCUCCAUUGAAAAGGUUGAAACUGUCAGCAGGAAUGUGUCACAUUAGAACUAGUAGAGGUCUACAGGACACUAAAAUUGGUUUGAUACAAUAAAAACCCAAAUUUACAUGAUGAUUAUGUUAAAGGUCUCACAUGGAUUUUUUGUCCACUAGUAGCGCAAUGUUUUUAUGAAUGGGUCCCUGUUUUGUUUGCAUGGUGUGACCUGAUGUGGGCCCCUGCUGAUGGUUUCAAGUUCAACUGAUCAACAGCUGGUUGCUGUAACACGUUAAAAAAAAAAAAACACGUAGCUGGCAAAUUUCAGGGAAGAUGUAAUGUAAAUAUGGAUAUUAACAAUGCAGGUUUGAAAAUAUUCAGCUUUGCUAAUGUUUUCCUGAGGAAUCUGUUUUGUUUCAACGAGAAACUUUGAAGGUAAACUGGAGUAUGUUUUGUUUACAAUAGAACUCAGCAGUAUCUUCAGUGGCAAAGGAAGCGAUGGUUUAAAAUGAACUCAGCAAGCCAUCGAGUAUCAUUACAAGUGGCGUUCUGCUCAACUUGAAGCUCGUCGGGUUGUUUUCACAUGACAGCUGUUGUUGUAAUUGUAUUCUCAGUGUGUUUGUGUGUGUGUGUGUGUAAAUGCCCUGUAAUUCUGUCCUUCCAAAUGUUUGUGACUCCACUGCAGUUUCUUGCUCCCUUUAAGGGGGCGGGGUUCACAACGUGCUGCAUUUCCCUGGUAUAUUUGUAAAGGGAGAUCUUAUACCUAUUUUUUAUUGCAAAUAAAAAAAAAACACCUUCA